CCGACUGCAGCUGGAGAGACAGUAACAGUGUCUGCCACACACAGCAGUUCUGCUGCCAAGUUAGAAUUCUGAUGUACUGCACUGAAGGUCUGGAAUUGCUAAGUAGACCUUUUUAUCUUCUGAGAAUCUAGCUGAGACAAACGCUAUUAUCGUGUCAGUAUGGCUCAGCAACACGAGGACUUCACAAUGAAUGCAGCUGUCCCUGAGAACCAGGCUCUACAGUUCAACUCGGGAGAACCCAUGACAGCAGCCCCAGCGGAGGCAGUCCCAAAGGAGGUCCCGGGGGAGGGGGGGUGCGCUCCCCUCCAGAAUGCUGUUCCCCCCACGGUGGAGGUCAAGGAGAACGGGGUACGCGUUGCAACACACCUGGGAUCAGGGGAAGGUCAAAUGAAAGCACAAGCAGUUCCAGAAGUGGGGAUGACAGCUGCUAAGGUGACCCCAGUGGCAGAUCAAGAGGAGCUUCCAGCAGGAACCCAAAGUCUAAUUGAGAGCGGGACGAUUAAAGGUCAGGAUUAUGCUCAAGACGAGAUUGAGGUUGGGAUUCAGUCUGCAAAGCAAGCUGUUCCAGAGCCAUUCGUAAAAUCUGAGGCUCCAGUAUCUUCAUUUGGGAGCCAGGAGACAUUGCUGUUGGGUUCUGCAGCUAUAGGCCAUGAAAAGUAUGCGACUGAAAUAAAAGAAAGUCCCUCUGAUGAAAUGUCCUUGAUAGACAUUCUUACAGAGUCAGAAGAGGAAGAAGAUCUCCUAAAAUCUGUGAAACAUGAUCAGCUACCAGCAGAUGUCAGCAGUGACAAACUUGCCAUGGAGGAGGUCCAGCAUGCCAUUCAAAAGCCUACAGUACCUGAUAGUAAUGGUCAGUCACUGUCACCAACUGGAGAACAAGAUAAUUUCUCGUCCCCUAAGUUGACCCCAACAGAGUACAAAAAUGAAGCUGGGUCACACUUCUCAGAUCAGAAAUUGCCAGAAAUCUUAACAAAUAUUCCUGACCAUUUAAUCAAAAAUAAAGGGCUUUCUUUUGAUUAUACAGAAUACUUCCAUCAAGUUGAAGAUGCCAAUAAUGAUUCAUCAGCUGAAGCAAUUGCACGAGAUGGGCCAACAAAGAUGCCGUCAGAGCACGAAAGUGUUGACUCUUGCCAUGAAGAUUCGAUAGAAUCAGAGGCAUCUCCAAAUGCAGAACUGGAUGCCAAGAAGGAACUCUCUUGUCUGGUUGCAGUGUCAAACUUUGAACCGGAGGGAGAAGUUAAGAAUGUUGAGCCCUGCACUUUUACAAACACCAAUGAGGAAACUGAACCCAAGUCAGGAAAAGAUGAGGAAAGAAAAUCAGAACUGUCAGAAAAGGACUUGUGUGUCUUAGAAACAUCGUAUAUGGAGGGCACAGAUGAAGACAUUGUUGCUGCCAUCAAAGCAGCUCAAACUACAGAUCUUGACAGUGAAGCAAAAUCUGAUCUAACUUUGGCUAAAUCAGUUGAAGAGAAAAGAAUAGAGACUUUAGAACAGGGUGGAAAUAAGGAAUCAUCUCUAGUAAUGAAGGCUAAAGAGAGCUUAGAUCAGCAUGCAGGAGAAGAUAUCCAAAAAGAAGCAUCCGCAUCACCCAAGGCAAAUGCCAAAUUUCAGAAAUUACAGAAGAGAGAGGCUUCUCUAGAAAGAAAAACAAGCGUUCCAGUCUUACAGAGAAAAGCUAGUGCUAAGGUUGAAGCUGACAAAGAACAAGCUGUGACUGCUGAUAAAAAGGAAAAGACCCCCACGCCAUCUUCUGCUAAUGCUAGAGCAUCCUUCACCCCAAAACAACCCUCCUCAGUCACAACAGCCCCUUCGAAAAAAACCUUCAGCCCGGCUUCGUCCACACAUGCUUCUUCCUCAGUCACUGCCAAAGCCACCAGUGCAGGAUCCAAAGAGGUGAAGGCAAGGGGAGUGGAGGCAAGCGGUCUGAAGAGCCCGGCCUCCAGGGCACCAGGUGGUGCUAGAGCGCCAGCGAGUGGAAGCAGAAUCCCUUCCAAAACACCCACUGCCGUAGCUCCAAGAGGACCCUCUGCUUCUUCUGCUUCUAAGACAGAUGAGAGAAAACCGGGAACUGGAAAACCUGACAGAGAUUCCCCAAGGACACCUGAGCGCAGUGGAUACAACAGCCCGAGCAAGUCUCCUUCCAGCCGCUCCCACAUGCCGCCAGGAGGGGCCACCAAGGAGGUGAAGAAGGUAGCCGUGGUGCGCACUCCACCUAAAUCCCCGGCCUCCAUCAAAAACAGGACCCCCGUACCCCUGGCCCCAAUGCCAGAUCUGAAAAACGUGAAAUCCAAAAUCGGAUCUAUUGAUAACAUUAAACACCAGCCGGGAGGUGGGAAGGUUCAAAUAGUCCACAAAAAGAUCGAUGUCUCUAAUGUGUCAUCAAAAUGUGGCUCCAAGGACAACAUCCGUCACAAACCAGGGGGUGGCAAUGUGGAGAUCAAAAAAGAGAAGCUGGAUUUUAAGGUCCAAUCAAAGAUCGGAUCUCUCGAUAACAUCGGACAUGUUCCGGGUGGAGGACAGAAAAGGAUUGAAACUCACAAGCUGUCCUUCCGCGAAACAGCCAAAGCCCGCACUGACCACGGCGCUGAGAUCGUCUACAAAUCCCCCACUGCCUCUCCAGACAGCUCUUCCCGUCGUCUUAGCAACGCUUCCUCCACUGGCAGCAUCAACAUGAUAGAUUCUCCGCAGCUCGCCACACUCGCUGAUGAGGUCUCAGCUUCCCUGGCUAAGCAGGGCUUGUGAUCCCCCAUCCCUCUCUGCUUCCUAUGGGAGAAAUGUAACCUCUCCUUCCUUCCUUCCUUCCUUCCUUCCUUCCUUCCUUCCUUCCUUUUAACAGUCUGUGCAGGGUUUCUACCUGGUUACCUGUCUAGCCUGCCUUUUAGUGUUCAGUUCAGUUUGUGGCUUGACAUUUAGACAGGAUUAAAAAUACAGUACUGUAAUUUAAAACCUGUAGAUUUAUGUAGUGUCAUCCCCUUUAUAUGGAGAAGUUAGGGUUACAACAUUCUUACACUUUGAAGAAACACUCUGUAAAACCUUUACACAAUAAAUGCCAAAAACACCAGAGGAAAUGGCUUCCUGCAUGUGAUAUAUUUCAACACUAAUGUAUGUUAUGAAGUGUCUCAGCAUUAUAAAAAAGGACAUGUAACACAUGCAUUUCAAAAAUGUCUUUCUUUUACAUCAAGGAAAACAGCCCAUGUUUUUAACAUCUCUUGUGGUACUGACAAGUUUAAAAAGAAGAUUUAGCUUCAUAAACUAUAAUUUCCAAUAGGACAGUUUACCCCCAAAUUUAGAAAUAAAAAGCAUUUUUUUAUUUGUUGGGUAAUAUAGUAAUUAUUAGGGGCUGUUUUAUUCCAAAGGCUUUGCUAUGAAACUGUUUUACUUUUUGUCAAUUUCAUUGUUGGGAACUCAUGAAUGUUCUCUUAAGACUGCCAUGUACAGUACACAGUAUGAUAUUAACAACACCAAAUCCACUGUUCAUGUAAUGUCACUUUAAGUUAAGAUUGUACUCAAUUCAAUCCCUGCACGGCACUAAAUGUGUCAUUAUUCAGCUUUGAGGAUAACACAUCAGCAGUUGGACCAACAGGAAGGGCUUUUUGGGCAUGCACUAUCUUCACAGUUCCCAGUAAAUUUAUUCCAAUGGAGAUGAAGUGCCAAAUGCAUAAACAGCUGUAGCUUUGCUGGUCAUUUACCAGAGAAAGAGAUCUUAAAUUUAAAGCGUAUACAAAAGAAAACCUAACUUUGGUGGUACAAAAAACACUGUUACUUACUUCAAUUCAUUUUCCAGUUUAAGGUGCAGUGUUGUCUUUCAAGCCUAAAACAGGACAAUGAGAACUUUGGAGUGAGUUCAUUUCUGAUGUUAAAGUCAUCGUUUUAAAAUAACUGAUUCUGUACUAAAGUGUCUUACUCUGGAUCAUAAGUGCUCUCAUAACUCAAAAAAUUAAAAUAAAUUAAACAUCCCAUAUGAAUAUCAUCAUUUACACUAUUUAAGUGCAUUUUAAAUGUAAAUAUUAAAAUCCAGGUGUUAAUAUUUUUUAGAAACUACAAUAAAAGCCAGCUGUCAUGCUUCAUAAAACCUAUUUUAGACUCCCAAAAGGGACUGCACCUGUUGAUACUCUGCAUAGUAAAGUAUUUAAAAGGAAGUUCAGCAUGCUGCUCACAGUUUACCAGCACUUGCGCAGUGUGGUGUACAGAGGUAUCUCCCAUUAGACGUUUUAGGGAACAUUUUAGGCAUGCUAGGUGGCCUUCUUAACGCAAUCCCUGAAGGGUUUAAAAUGUUUAUCUCUCUGACGUAUAGCAUCAGAGCUGGCCAAAUACAUGUUAAGCUUUGCUUUUGUAAUACAUACAAAAUAGGAUGUGUAUAUACAUUUUUAUUAAAAAUAUUUUAUUUCAGCAUACACAAGACUCGUAUCAUUUCAUUAGUUUGUAUACGAUCUGUAAAUUCCAGGGUGUUGUAAAGACGAAUGCUGUUCAUCCUCCCUCCCCCUGUACACUGCAGUGGUAAAACCACUUUGCUUUCUGACUGUAAGCUAAACUGCUACCAAAAACAGAAACAUAAUCAUACAACAUGAAUACCAAUAUAGGUCAGGAGUGACAAAUAUAGUGAUUUCAUCAUUUAGUGUAAUAGCUUAAUUGCCCUGAACUGAACAGAGUUACUUCUGCUUUGGGUUUGGGAAUUAAACACAUUCUCGAUUUAGUGUGGAGAAGUUGCUUCACAAUGACCUACAGUGUUACGGCAUGUCAUUUCUAAGUAUGGAACAACUGAGAGUGGAUGGAACUUUUUAGUAAUUGAAAAAAUCUGUGCCAUUUUGGUUUAGAUGGGGUUUAAAAAAUAUUUCCAAAGUAUAUUAGAGAAAGACAAGUAAAGAAAUGAUUAUAGGAUGCUGUUCUUACCUAAGAAAUGAUAAAGAGACUUGGUCACAUUUGUUACUCGAAUCACAUGUUGUAAUUUCAUUUGUGCCUCACUUCUGUGUUCAUGUCUGUAAACUGAACAUAAUGUUCAUUUUAGCCCGUUUUGAUCCUGUCGGGGGCUAACAUAAAUUUAGAUAGCUGUAUUAAUUGUACUCAAAUCUUCUACCCUAGUCAGUCAUUUCUAAAAUAACUGAUUUACAACGGCAGGAUCCUCCAGGGAGCAAACGUUGUAUUUAUUUGCAUUAGGCAGAAGUGAUUUUUUAAAUUCUGAUUGUACAUUUGCUGGACACUGUAAUUAGAUCAGUUUCAAGUUUAAAAACUGUUCAGCGAUACAGGGUAUUUCUAAAGAACAAAGAGGGAUUGUAGCAGCUUUUAUUUAAAGAGCUGUGAAUACUUAGUCAUUUUUUUUUUUUAAAUAUGCACAUGAAUACCAUGGUUGUUCAGAAUACAUAAUCUUGUAUUAGCUGCUAAAUGCCCCACAUUUACUUUUCCUGCAUGUAAGCUGAAAAUGAUCAAUGAUAGAAGGAGAAUAGCACUAAUGCAUUUCACACUACCCAUUGAAGCUGCUUUCAUGAAUUGUGAGAGUUCUUUGAAGCACUGCAUAUCAAAGAAGUACAUACUUAUUACAAAAAAAAAAAGCUAACUGCAUAAAAAGCUUGUGUUGCGCACAUUUUUCUAACAAUAAAACCAAGCGUGAUACAUUCUGAUUGAUUAAAUUGUGUAUGAAAGACAGGCCAGCAAGUCAGGUGUCAGUCAGUAAAAGUUCUUUGAAUCUUGGGCUGGAGUUAUUGCCAGCUGUGAGUGUUAAAUAGAUUAAUUGUAUCUCUGAACGUCUGUCUUUGAAAGAUUGAAAUAAAUGGUUCCAGGUGGUUACUUCAAAUCACAGAUCUGAGCCUACGUUUUACCUGAACAGAUUGGAUCAGCUGCUGUGCUUUACCAACAAAGCACAAUGGCUUCCUGCUAUGAUGGUAUGUAAUAGGCACUGCAUGUAAAUUAAACAUACUGACACAUUGAGAUUUGGGUUCAGGUUGGAACUGGAAAAAAAAUAGCUUGGGGAUUUCUUUAACUCUUUCCAUACCUAAAACACUGCCUAUGCCAUUUAGAUAUACAGAACAACUGUUUUAUGCUCACACAUGAAACAGUUUUGCAUGCAUGAUCGAAGGCCUACAGUUUUGUGGGUUUAGAAGUGGCCUGCACGCAAGCAGUAACUAGCCCCUCUAGUUUUUUCAUGCAAUACUUUUCCAGUAUUGAAACCCAGCUGUGUACCAAUAAUUAAAAUGUUACAAAACCUGUGAACUUUUGAAUAAUCUAUUAAAAUGUUUUUCACUUAUCAGAAGGUUUUGCUCAGCAAAGCAAAAUUAUCAUGCAUCUUAAUUAUUUGUAUUUUAAUACCGGGAGACCCAGAUUUCUCCCAAAUAUUCAAUAUAGGUUUCAGUAUUGUGUUUGCCUGCAUCUUAGCUUUUCAGUGUUUUUUUUUUAUUUGUUUUGUUUUUUAUUGAAUCUAAAAAACAAUUUCGAUACAAUUGGUGUGGAAAGAGUUAAUUUCAUGAGGCUCUUCUGGAUUGUAAAUUAUUUUCGUUUGACCUGUGUGGGAGUGCGAGGCAGGCAGUUUCAAUCUUGUUUUUUUGCUGAGUUUUACUGCAGUUCUAGCUUGGCAAUUGUGAGUGUCCAUAUCGUUAUUGUGUGUUUUAAUAAUAUCUGGUUUACACUGAUAAUUGUUGCUGUAAACGUGAAUUUGGAAAUAAAGUCAGUAUUAAACAAA